AUGGAAGGCAGCGAAAGCAAAGCAGUAUUCGAAUCCCUAAAUUUGAAUCCCCAACUUUUCAUCAACGAAACCCUAAACACCGUCGAUGAUUUGGUGGACGACGCUUUCAAUUUCUACCACCAGGAAGCAUCGACCCUUUUGAAAACUGAUGUCACUGUUAAAUCCCAAUUCUUAAGCGAGGGAAUUGAUUAUAUCCGCAAUAUGAUUCAAUCGGACUUGGAUACGCGGUUGGGUAUGUGGGAGAAGUACUGUGUUCACCACAUUUUUGCGGUUCCUAAGGGUUUCUCUUUACCUCAAACUGAAUCACCAGCUGAAACUUUGAUGUGUCAAGACGUGCUUUGUGAUCCUGAUCUGGAUACACAGUUGGAUAACUUGAGGAACAGGCUUACUAUGAUAGGAAAGGAGUCUGCUGAGCUGAAUUAUGAGCUUCAAGCCUUGGAAAGGCAAUCUGCUUCAAGUGAUCAUUGUGCUGAACUUGUCAGUGAGGCUCUGCAAUUGUAUGACCAAGCCUCUGUCCAAGACAUGUUUCAAGAUUUGGUGUCAACGAUGUCCGAACUUCGUGAAAAAAUGGAGAAGCUGAGAACCAGAAAGGUGGAAAAUAUAGAGUGCGUUAGAGCAAAGAGGAUUCAUGAUCCAGAUAGAGAUUUAUUGGCAUCAAAUUAUAGCAAGGGCCUCCCCAAUGCAACAGUGGAAGAUCUUCAAGAAUUUAUGGCUGAUUUAAAGCAUAUGUGA